UUCUAUAGGAGAGAAUGUUUAAAUUUCAUCAAGUGAAACAUAUUUUUGAAAAACUGGAUAAAAUGAGAUGCUUGCGAAAACGUUCUACAGUGUCAUUCUUGGGGGUUCUUGUAAUUUUUCUUCUAUUUAUGAACUUGUACAUGGAAGAUAGCUAUGUUCUGGAAGGAGACAAACAACUUAUAAGGGAAACAUCCACACAUCAGCUGAAUUCAGGACGCUAUAUGCAUAGUUUCAAAGAUUUAUCUAAUUUCUCAGGAACCAUCAACAUCAGCUAUCGCUACUUAGCUUCCACUCUUUUGCAAAGGAAGCGGUUCCUUACAAUUGGACUUUCAUCAGUGAAACGAAAAAAAGGAAAUUAUUUACUUGAGACGAUUAAAUCCAUUUUUGAGCAAUCCAGCUACGAAGAGCUGAAGGAAAUCUCAGUGGUGGUUCAUCUAGCAGACUUCAAUUCAUCCUGGUGUGAGACCAUGGUCCAGGAUAUUACUCAGAAAUUUGCCCACCAUAUUAUUGCAGGGAGAUUAAUAGUCAUACAUGCUCCAGAGGAAUAUUACCCAAUCCUGGAUGGCCUUAAAAGAAAUUACAACGAUCCAGAAGAUAGAGUCAGAUUUCGUUCCAAGCAAAAUGUAGAUUACGCUUUUCUGCUUAAUUUUUGUGCCAAUACUUCAGACUAUUACAUAAUGCUUGAAGAUGAUGUUCGAUGUUCAAAAAAUUUCUUAACGGCCAUCAAGAAAGUCAUUACAUCUCUAGAAGGAACUUACUGGGUAACUCUUGAGUUUUCUAAGCUUGGCUACAUUGGAAAACUUUAUCAUUCACAUGAUCUCCCACGGUUGGCACAUUUUUUAUUAAUGUUUUAUCAAGAAAUGCCUUGUGAUUGGCUGUUGACUCAUUUCCAAGGUCUGCUGGCUCAGAAAAAUGUGAUCCGCUUUAAACCGUCUCUCUUUCAGCACAUGGGUUAUUAUUCAUCCUUUAAAGGGACAGAGAAUAAGCUGAAGGAUGAUGAUUUUGAAGAGGAGUCAUUUGACAUCCCUGAUAACCCUCCUGCAAGUCUAUAUACCAACAUGAAUGUUUUUGAAAAUUAUGAUGCAAGCAAGGCUUAUAGUAGUGUUGAUGAGUACUUUUGGGGAAAAUCACCUUCAAAAGGAGACACCUUUGUGAUUGUAUUUGCAAAUCCAAUUGUAAUUAAAAAAAUUAAAGUGAGUACUGGAACAGAAGAUCGGCAAAAUGACAUUUUACAUCAUGGAGCCCUAGAUGUUGGGAAAAAUGUUAUACUUUUCGAACAAAGUAGACAAUGUGAUACCCACAUAAGACUAGGGGAAUUCAAAAAUGGAAACUUUGAAAUAUCAGAUGUGAAUCAAAAAAUUCCAUUUGAUAUAAAGUGUAUAAGGAUUUACGUUACCAAAACACAAAAAGAAUGGCUGAUUAUUAGGAGUAUUAGCAUUUGGACUUCUUAGCCAAUUAAAUCAAUAUGUCCAGUUACUGAAA